AUGGUACCUUGCGGAUGCUAUGGAAACGAAGGCACAAAAGUUGUAAAUUUGACGAAGUUCUUGAUCAACAAUAAACUAAAGAAGAACUGCUUGUACCUGAAGUUUUCAAACAAUUGCGUGCAGGAGACGACGUACGCGCUGUGGUUGAAGAAACAGCGCGAAGGACUGCAUCAAAAGACAGCGAUUCACCUCGAGUCUCAAGCUCACAAAUGUCGCUCCUGUGGCGGGGGAGCUUUUCUGCCGUACAGCAAAAAUACUGAACAGGAAUCAAGCGGAGGAAGAAGUGCAAUGAGCACUGGUCGAAGUGCAGUUCACUUCAGUUCUGAUGCUGCAAAGCGUCGCUCCAGUCGACUGAUCCGCGAGAAAGUUCAAGAACAAGUUGCUCCGGUACUGAUGACCUCAGGCGAGGUGGAUAGCAGAGAUUCAGCCGACAGGACGGGUCCUGAUCCAUUAUUACUGUCGUUUGUUGAAAAUGCAGCAGGCACGUCGAGUAUGAGAUUAGAAACAGUUGCCACAGAUUCUAAGACGGACAUUGAUUUACAUGACACAAAACAAGCUUUGGCUGGCGUGAAUAUGGCCCGGUGUGAAUGUGCCGAUAUUCUAGCCUCUGUCUUUCCCCAGCUGGUGAUGCAUUGGAGUGCAGCCGGGAAUAAACUGAAGACAUUUCGGUAUAUGACAGAGUCUGGUGCAGCGGCUCUGGCUACUGCCAACAACAUGCAAGCCUUGUCUUACUUACAUGACGUCCAGGACAUGCUGCAGAAGGAAGGUCAGGAUUUCGUGGCAAAUAGAGAAGAAAAAGCGAGAGUAGAAAGUCUCAUAGGACAGGCGUUGCUUGGCAUGAAUCGCCUGGAUGCUGCCAUUGUUCAUCUUUCAGCAGCGCUCAAAGAACUCGGCGUACGUCAGCCGGUGACGCAACCUCAGAUAUUGCUGCGUAUCUACACGGAGCUAUUGCGGCAGGCAUUCGGGCGGAGGAUACGAGACGAUGAACUUCAAUGCGGGAUUGAUUACGAAGGUAUCUUGCUGGAACAAGCACGAUGUUUCUUUCAUCUUUCUCAUGUCUAUCAUAACGAAGGCCGGCAUAGAGAAUCAUUUAUGGCUGCUUUGCAAGAGUUGAACGCCGCAGAAAAGAUCGGCAGCAAUUUUCACGAGCUCCUCACUGCGUAUUCAUCUGUGAUUGAGUGUUCGGGGCUUCUCUCGUGGGCAAAGUACGCUGAGAAGUUGGAAGUAAUAGCUGUUAAUAGAUGCAAGAAAGAAUCGUUCUUUGUAUCUCUCGAUGAUCUCAUCACAUUCUCAAAUUUCUACUCCGUCGUCUGUACAUUCCGAUUUAGCAGAGGUCGAAUGCACGACGCCGCAGCUGCAGGUCUUGAAUCAUUGUCGUUUGCUAACAAGAUAAACGAUCAUAUGUUGAAAAUCAAUUGCAUUCCUUCGCUGUCACAGUGCUUGAUUCUUAUGUCAAGGAUCGACGAAUGUCACGACGUCUUAAAAGAGUUGAAUUAUGCAGCUCGUGAAAAAGACGAUCUCCAUGGACGCGCGUUGUAUUUCUGUAGUUGCUUUGAUCUCAUCUUGGAGACAGGUCACGUACUGGAGACCUUGGACGAUUGUCUUCAGUUCACUGCUCAAACGUCAGUGGAUCCACGCCUCACAUGGGACGUGAUCGUGAAAUACUAUCUUAAUGCCUCCUUGCUUCUCUGGCAUGCGCGAUGCGAGGAUUGGGAACAAGCUGAGAAAAUAUUCAAUCUUUUGAAAGCUACACAACCUGCGGAGUUUGAGGUGGUAAUAGCAGCCAGAGGAUUCGUCAAAGUUGCGGAAUAUCAUUUGUUGUGGUUUAGAAAGAAUUACGAAGACAAGACACUGAGAGGAAUAUGCAAAAAGGUGUUAAAACAACUCUCUCUAAUGUGCAGCCGUUUCCUUGUGUUGAAACCACGCUACUAUCAUCUAAAAGCUUACUUUAGCUUGCUGUGUGGAAAACACAGUAAAUCAAGACGGCGUUUCCUUCCACGAUGCAUUGAGCUCAGUACACAGAUGGGAAUGACAAUGGAAGCAGAAUGGGCAAUAUUGAGCAAACAUGAAUGGUUCGACAAGAAGGCAAACUCUGCCGUAGUUUCGCCGUACAAUGGACAUGCAAAGUUUCCUUUGCCCAAGUUAUUAUUGAAUGCUUAG